AUGGGAAACGCCAAAGACGACCGUCUGAUCUGUGAUGAUUACACACCUCGCCUUCUCCUUCGCCACCAAUAGAUAAGAAUUAAUAUUCUCUCUCUUCCCGCUGCGUCUCCGACGAACCUUCACCGCGAUCGCCGGCCCUUGUUCCUUCCCUUGAGACGACUCCAGAUCGAGAUCUCUUUCUUCGACUGCUCCGGCCAUGGAUUUCAUGAAGGUCCUUGAUCAGACGGUUCGAGAGAUAAAAAGAGAGGUGAAUCUAAAAGUGCUCAAGGUUCCCGAGAUUGAACAGAAGGUUCUUGAUGCCACCAAUGAUGAACCUUGGGGUCCUCAUGGAACUGCUUUAUCAGAGAUUUCUCAUGCAACAAAAAAAUUCACUGAAUGUCAGAUGAUUAUGGGUGUGCUCUGGUCAAGGUUAUCUGAUACAGGACCAAACUGGCGCCAUGUAUAUAAGGCACUUACUGUGAUUGAGUACUUGAUAGCCAAUGGAUCAGAACGCGCAGUUGAUGAUAUUCUCGAGCAUACUUUUCAAAUAUCUGCACUUUCAAGUUUUGAGUAUGUUGAGCCUAAUGGGAAGGAUGUUGGAAUCAAUGUGAGAAAGAAAGUUGAGACUAUAUUAGCUCUAUUAAAUGACAGGGAAAAAAUACAGGCAGUAAGAGACAAAGCUGCAUCAAAUCGAGAUAAGUAUGUUGGCUUGUCGUCAAAAGGAAUAUCCUAUAAAUCAAGUUCAGCCUCAUAUAGCAGUAGCAGCUAUGGAAGUGGUUAUGGAAGUAAUUCUAGGGAUGUUGACUCCUUUAGUGAUAGCUAUAAAGAGGGAGAACAUGGAAAAGAAAGUAAAUGGAAGAAUGAUAAAAAAUAUGGCCAAAAUUCAGAAAAUGUUGCUGAAAAUGAAGGCAUUAAAUCGAAGAAGCCGGUGCCACUUCAUUCUAGGAACCAAGAUUCUUCGCCAACGAGUUCCUUAAAGAUAUCAAACAAAUCAGGUUCCAUUCCAUCUUCUAAAAGCACCACUGUCAAAUCCAAAAAUGAGGUUGAUGAUUUUGACGACUUUGAUCCACGUGGAUCUUCUUCAGCUGGAUUGGCUGCUGCACGGUCUAACCAAGUGGAUUUAUUUGGAGAAAACUUAUUGGAUGACCUCAUGGAUAUAUCAGCAUCUGCCCCGCCAACAACUUCAAUCAAUGAUACUGCAAAUCAUGAGGUUGACCUCUUUGCUGAUGCAACUUUUCAAUCAGCCCCACAUGCAGAAGCAAAACCAUUUUCUCAUGUUCAGGGAAGUGAUCUUUUUGACAGCCAGCAAGAAGCCCCUAUUGCAUUUGAUCCUACUGCAGACCCUUUUGCCGCACCUGGCCCAGCUAUACCUUCAGAAACCAAGUCUCCUGAGCAACCCGAUACUAAAAGCUUUGAUCCCUUUGCUGCAAUUCCAAUUAAUAAUUUCAAUGAUUCUGAUCCCUUUGGGACUUUUGCUUCUCAUGGUGAACCCGUAACUAUGCAAAGUUCACAGAGCUCUCCAAACAGUGGCAAGAGCAAUCUAGAUGAGGACUCUAUCUUUGGUGAAUUUACUUCACACAACGAACAAACAACUAGAGAAUCUUCAAGAAGCAACAUAAGCAACCUAAAAACUCCUCUAACAUCAUUGGCAUCCACUGCUAUGAAGAACAAUUUUCAGGUUAAAUCUGGUGUGUGGUCUGACUGCUUAAGCCGUGGACUGAUUGAUCUGAACAUAUCUGCUCCCAAGAAAGUAAACUUAGCAGACAUUGGCAUUGUGGGAGGGCUCGAUGAUGCAUCCAUGGAAAAAGAAAAGACUCUACCAACAGCAGCAUUUAUGGGAAGGGCUAUGAAUUCAAGUUCAGGUUCAGGGCUCGACCCGUCAGUCUGGUCCGGAUUUUCUACGGCAACAGGCGUAAGUGGUAGCAUGUCAACGUUUGGGCAACACGAAUUUGGAGGUUUCAAAUGAUUUUUUUUCUUUCUUUCUCGAGUAAAUGUUGUUUGUGCUUGGAUUGUUACCACGUUAGAAUCAGGAUUGUUGCACUGUACUUCCAUCUAAUACCCGUUGAGCCUCAGUCUACUAUUGGGGCGCAAGCUUGACGAUCAGGUAUGUUCUUACCCCAAACCCACAAUGUCACAGUAGUAGCUAAUACUGAUGACUUUUGCAGCGCUGUGGAUGUGGAAAAUACAUCAUGUCAAUGCAAGUUUGAUCAUCAGAUAGUGAUACUUUUUUUCA